AUGGAGGCACGCACCCUCGCCAGGCCAGCAGCGAGCCUGCUCACGACGACGCUCUCCCCUGCCGGCGCCGUCGCCCGCCGCUCGCACCAGACCUGGUCGCGCACGAAACGCGCCCUCAACAUCGCACCCCACCCGUCCUUUGCUCCCGCCGAGGGCGGCGACACCAUCAUCUUCAACCCGCCCGCCGCGGAGCCAUCCAUCUACCACACCCCCUACAAGUUCCUCCCCAAGUCCGACCCGCGCCGCAAGCACGCCGACCUCUCCUCCCUUUUCGCCGCCCCCUCCUCCCGCGCCGCCGCCGCCGCCAAGCUGCCGCCCGCGCUCAACGUCCCCUCCCGCAACCCCCGGUACCACCUCAACAAGGACGACGUCGCCGAGAUCCGUCGCCUGCGCGCCGAGGACCCCGUCCAGUGGAGCGUCAACCGCCUGGCGCAAAAGUUUGACUGCUCCGAAGUCUUCAUCACCAUCUGCACCCCCGCCCCGCGGGAGCACACCGAGAGGCUCGAGAGGAAGCUCGAUGCCGUGAAGAACCGGUGGGGUGCCAUCCGGACCAAGGCGAGGACCGAGAGGACGAAGCGGAAGGACAUGCUGUUCCGCGGCGAGCUAUAA